UUCGAAACCAUGCCAUGAGCCGAAAUGACCUAGUGCUGUCGACGCCUCCCCUUUACCAUGAGGAUGGGCAAGCAGCCAUGCCCGGUCUCCUUCCACUGGCCCACUGGGUUAUGAAGGAACUGUGCCAACCUUUCUUUGUGCCCUCAUCUACCACUUUCAGGUACAAGUCCAAGAAGAAGGCCUUUACCAAGUACUGCAAGAGGUGGCAAGAUGAAGAGGGCAAGAAGCAGCUGGAGAAAGACUUUGCCUCCAUGAAGAAGUACUGCCAGGUCAUUCGCAUCAUUGCCCACACACAGAUGCGCCUGCUGCCCCUCAGACAGAAGAAGUCUCACUUGAUGGAGAUUCAGCUGAAUGGAGGCUCCAUCGCUGAUAAGGUUGACUGGGCCAGAGAGAAGCUUGAGCAGCCCGUUCCUAUCACUAAUGUCUUUGGUCAAGAUGAGAUGAUUGACGUUAUCGGUGUUACCAAGGGUCACGGAUACAAGGGUGUGACAAGCCGCUGGCACACAAAGAAGCUGCCCCGUAAGACCCAUCGUGGUCUGCGUAAAGUGGCCUGUAUUGGAGCCUGGCAUCCUGCCCGUGUGGCUUUCUCUGUGGCUCGUGCUGGUCAGAAGGGCUACCACCACCGCACUGAGAUCAACAAGAAGAUUUACAAGAUUGGUGCGGGGUAUCACACAAAGGAUGGAAAAGUAGUUAAGAACAAUGCCUCUACUGAAUAUGAUCUGUCCAACAAGAGCAUCAACCCCCUGGGUGGCUUUGUGCACUAUGGUGAAGUGACCAACGACUUCGUCAUGCUGAAAGGCUGUGUGGUCGGAACCAAGAAGAGGGUUUUGACUCUGCGCAAAUCUCUUCUGGUCCAGACCAGCCGCCGUGCCCAGGAGAGGAUCGACCUCAAAUUCAUCGACACCACCUCCAAAUUCGGUCAUGGACGUUUCCAGACCAUCGAGGAAAAGAAAAGCUUCAUGGGACCCCUCAAGAAAGACCGCCUUGCCAAGGAGGAGAUGUCAUAAUUGUACUCUGCCACAGCUCUGUCUGGUGUUGUCAUGCAGUACUAUGGAGUUGUUUAAUAAAAAUCAACCAAAUGAACCGUCUCAAUGGAAUUU